GGUGAUUGGCGCACAUUACGAUAAUAUGUGCUAACCUUGACAGCUCAUGUAUUUAUGUAUUUCUUCCUGAAGUUUGAAACAGUUUCAAAGCAUUAUUUUGGGCAGUGAGUUCUUUUGUGUUCGGUAUUUUAGUAAUGGCGUUUCUGGAAAUUUUUAGCGGACCUCUGUUUGCUACAUUUUUAAUUGGAGUAUCCACUUUCCUCUUGGCUUUAUGGCAUUCCAUGAAAAAGCAAUCUUAUUGGAAAGAGAGAAAUGUACCCUACGUCAAACCACUUCCAUUCCUAGGAUCUCUUUGGGACAAUGUCACAACGACUAUGCAAGAUCAGGACUACAAAAGAUAUAAUACAUUGGGUCCGAUUUAUGGUGUUUAUGAAGCGAACAGUCCUACCCUGACAGUAGCAGAUCCAAAACUUCUCAGAGACAUACUUGUCAAAGAUUUUGCUAAUUUCCCGAACAGAAGAUCCCUCAUAACUGGUGACAAAAUUGGCGACAAUAUGCUCCCAAGUCUAGAGGGUGAAGAUUGGAAGAGAGUAAGAACCAUCAUUACUCCAACAUUCACAACUGGAAAACUUAAAAGGCUCAUGAGUAUUUUCAAAGACUGUGCCAAAACCUUAGUUCAAAAUUUCAAGAUGUCUGAAAUGAGAAAGGAGCCCAUCGAUGCCAAGAGGUUGUUUGGAGCUUUCACUAUGGACGUGAUUGCUAGUUCUGCCUUUUCGACUAAAAUAGAUUCUCAUAACGAUCCAGAAAAUACAUUUGUUCGAUACGCAAGAGAUGCUUUUGGUACUAAGAUCAGUUGGAGAUUGCUUCUUUUUCUGCUCUCACCCAAAUUAAUGAACUUCUUUAAGAUAAAAGUUUCUAACCCAACCGUCACAAACUUUUUCAGCGAAGUGACUGCGCAGAUUAUAGCUGAAAGAAGAAGGACAAAACAAACCAGAAAUGAUUUUCUUCAACUGUUGAUGGACACGGCUGAAGAGACAUAUAAGAGUGAGAAAAAAGAUGAUGUGGAUGAUGAUGACAUUGCUGCAAAGUAUGGACAAGAUUUCGUCAACCAAACCAUUUUUAAUACAUCGGAACAUAAAAACCUCUCGAUGGAUGAGUUGGUGGCCCAGUGUGUCAUUUUCUUUUUGGCUGGCUAUGAAACCACAGCAACAUUAUUAACUUACGUCCUGUACUGCCUGGCCCUGAAUGGGGACAUUCAAGAGAAAGCUUACCAGGAAAUUACACAAUGCUUAAAAGAGACAAAUGGUGAAUUGACAUACGAAGCUUUACACAACAUGAAAUAUUUAGAUAACAUCAUUUCAGAGACUUUAAGACUCUAUUCGCCAGCAGUGAGAUCUGAAAGAAAGGUUGCAUCAGAAUAUAAACUGGGUGACACCGGUAUUGUUUUGGAAAAAGACAUGAUUGUUGGCAUUCCUAUAUUUGCUAUCCACCGGGAUCCAAAAUAUUAUCCAAAUCCUGAGAAAUUCGAUCCAGAUAGAUUUUCAGCUAAAGAGAUAGCUAAAAGAGAUUCCUACGUGUAUCUACCCUUCGGACAUGGUCCGAGAAAUUGUGUCGGCAUGAGGUUCGCUUUACUUGAAGCCAAAGUCUGUCUCGUAUAUAUUAUCAGCUGCUUUAAGACUAAGCCAUGUGAUAAGACACCAGUACCCAUGAAGUUUAACCACAACGCUUUUGGUAUUCUUCAACCCAAAGAUGUUUUUCUGGCUACAGAAAUAAGAAAAGAUUGUCUACUCAAGCCUAUUCUUCCUCCUCUACUCAUCGACGUUGUGUUGNAACGGAGGUCCCAAGUUAAUAUAGGUCAAAGAACCAAUACAGUCGAUGACAAAUUGACAACAGACAGUUUUAAAGCAUUAUUUUGUUCAGCGAGUUCUUUUGUAUUCGAUAUUUUAGUAAUGGCGUUUGUGGAAAUUUUCGGCGGACCUCUGUUUGCUACAUUUUUAAUUGGAGUAUUUACUUUUCUCUUGGCUUUAUGGUAUUCCAUGAAAAAGCAAUCUUAUUGGAAAGAGAGAAAUGUGCCCUAUGUCAAACCACUUCCAUUCCUAGGAUCUCUCUUGGACAAUGUCACAAUGACUAUGCAAGAUCAGGACAACAAAAGAUAUAAUACUUUGGGUCAUAUUUAUGGUGUUUAUGAAGCGAACAGUCCUACCCUUUCAGUGGCAGAUCCGAAACUUCUCAGAGACAUACUUGUCAAAGAUUUUGCUAAUUUUCCGAACAGAAGAUCCUUCAUAAUUGGUGACAAAAUCGGAGACAAUAUGCUUCCAAUUCUAGAGGGUGAAGAUUGGAAGAGAGUAAGGACCAUCAUUACUCCAACAUUCACAACUGGAAAACUUAAAAGGCUCAUGAGUAUUUUCAAAGAUUGUGCCAAGACAUUAGUUCAAAAUUUCAAAAUGUCUGAAAUGAAAAAGGAACCCAUCGAUGCCAAGAGGUUUUUUGGAGCGUUCACUAUGGACGUGAUUGCUAGUUCUGCCUUUUCGACCAAAAUAGAUUCUCACAACGAUCCAGAAAAUUCAUUUGUUCGAUAUGCUAGAGAAGCUUUUAGUACUAAGAUCAAUUGGAGAUUGCUACUUUUUCUGCUCGCACCCAAACUAAUGAACUUCUUUAAGAUGUCAGUUUCCAACCCAGCCGUCACAAACUUUUUUAGCGAAGUGACUGCUCAGAUUAUAGCGGAAAGGAAAAGGACAAAACAAACCAGAAAUGAUUUUCUUCAACUGUUGAUGGACACGGCUAAGGAGACGGCUAAGAGUGAGAAAAAAGAUGAUGUGGAUGAUGAUGACAUUGCUGCCAAGUAUGGACAAGAUUUCGUCAACCAAACCAUUUUUAAUACAUCGGAACAUAAAAACCUCUCGAUGGAUGAGUUGGUGGCCCAGUGUGUCAUUUUCUUUUUGGCUGGUUACGAAACCACAGCAACAUUAUUAACUUACGUCCUGUACUGCCUGGCUCUCGAUGGGGACAUUCAAGAGAAAGCUUACCAAGAAAUUACACAAUGCUUAAAAGAGACAAAUGGUGAAUUGACAUACGAAGCUUUACACAACAUGAAAUAUUUAGAUAACAUCAUUUCAGAAACUUUAAGACUCUAUCCGCCAGCAGUGAGAACUGAAAGAAAGGUUGCAUCAGAAUAUAAACUAGGCGACACCGGUAUUAUUUUGGAAAAAGACAUGCUUGUUGGCAUUCCUAUAUUUGUUAUCCACCGAGAUCCAAAAUAUUAUCCAAAUCCUGAGAAAUUCGAUCCAGAUAGAUUUUCAGCUAAAGAGAUAGCUAAAAGAGAUUCCUACGUGUAUCUACCCUUCGGACAUGGUCCGAGAAAUUGUGUCGGCAUGAGAUUCGCUCUCCUUGAAGCCAAAGUCUGUCUUGUAUAUAUUAUCAGCUGCUUCAAGACUAAGUCAUGUGAUAAGACACCAGUACCCAUGAAGUUUGCCCACAACUCUUUUGGUAUUCUUCAGCCCAAAGAUGUUUUUCUGGCUACAGAAAUAAGAAAAGAUUGUCUACUCAAGCCUUAAAAUUCCCAGUGAUGAUGUUACUUCAAUGUUCCAUCUACAUAAAACUUUUAUCAUACUAUUAAUUGCUGACUAGUUUUUGUGAAGCAAUAUUGAUUAUUAUCUUAUGCAUGGUUCUCAAAAUAUUUUGGGAAAAUAAUAAGAGUUCGUGUAUUAUCAAAGAUUUUCAUGGUUUUUACGACGUUCAUCUAAAAUCAAGUUGUGUUUAAGAAGUACAAAAUUAACAUUUGCUUGCAGGGUUGUUUCGUAAUUA